AUGUCUGUUUAUAUUCACAAAGCAUUUAUUAGUAAGAAUGAAUGUAUAGGAGAUCAUAAUUAUUUCUAUCAUGAAGGUUAAAACAAGUAAGAACAAUCAAAGUUAAAUCAGAAAAAUUAAGAUGAAAAUACUCAGAUCGAUAAAUUACAUCACAAUAUACAAAAAUAAUAAUAAAUGAUUAAUCAAUUAGAAUCAUAAAAUUCAAAUUACAAUUAAAUUAUUAUUAAAUAGGAACAAUAGAUUUAAUAGCUUUUAAAUUAAUUGAAAUAAUAAGAAAAUUAUUAAGAAACUUAACUUAAAGAGUUGAUUGAUGAAAAUUAAAAAUUAAAGAUUAUUAUAAAAGAAAACUAAAUUCAUUCUUAAAAUAUUAACUUCCUUGAAUAUCAAGAAGUAAUUGUUUAGACGGAAGAAAAAAAUGAAACAAUCUUUUUAGAUAAAUCACAAUAAAUUGAAAUUGCAGUUUAAAAUAAGCAGAUUUAGACUGAUAUUAUUAUGAAUGAUACAUCUAAAGAAGCAAAAAAAAAUACUUAACCAUUAAAAUUAGAUGUUAAAACAAUUAAAAUAUAGCCUAUAUAUUAUUACUAAUCUUGA